AUGGAUAUCCUGGGAAUCUGCUUCUUAGCCUUCGGAGCCGGGUCUUCAAUGACAUACUACGCAUUCUACUGUCGGCCAUUGCUACGGCUUAUGUACUGGGCUCUGAAUCUAUUCUCUGCGAUCGGGGCUGGGAUCACGCUAUUCGAUACUGGUGGUGGAGGGAAUAAGAUGCGGACGCUGCGGGGAGCGGUUUUUUUCUUUACUUGCUGUUUCGGCCAUGAUGCCUGUUUUGCAUUAGGUUGGAUGCGUGCGAAAGAGAUUGGGGCGGGUUGGUAUCUUGCUGAGGGGAUUGCCUUGUUGAUUGGGGGAGGUUUCCUGAGAGGGUGUAUCCUGGGUGGUUUGAUGUUUGGGGGCAUUCGCAUCAGAUUUGGCAUGUUUGUGCGGUAA